AUGCACACAAUCAGUAGCAAGAACCUCAGCAAUGAGGAUAUCGCCGAGGUUCACAAAUGGCUGCAACAGAACGAUAUUAAUACAACACGAUUGCGUCGUGAUUUCUCCGAUGUUUUACCCCUGGCGGAGAUGAUGAAACGCGAUCAUCCACGACUCGUCGACCUGAAUAAUUUUCCAAAGCGUAGCAGCGUUCAACUGAAGAUUGCCAAUUGGGAGACAUUCAAUUACAAAGUCUUGGCCAAAUUCAAUUUGACACUGAGUCGUGAGUUUAUGGAAUUACUAUCGACGGGAGCCCAUGGGGCUGCCGAGGUGCUAUUACAUGAGAUAAUGCGAUUGAAGAAGCGUCAGCGUGUGGUGGAGACACGUAAUGCGAUAUUGGCACAGGAGCAGAUUUGGGAGGAGAAUGAUGAGGUGAAAACGGUUGUGGUUAAUAAACAGGUGGGCGAUGGCAUCGUUCAGGUGCCACAAAAGAUGAUACUCUAUUCACUCUAUGAGAAAAUGGCACGCGAUAAUCAGGCCAAGGAGGCAAUCAUUGAGUCGAAUCAAAAGCGUUUGGCACACAUGGAGAACAUUAUAAAGGUCAAAACGGAGCGUAUCGAUGAGCUGCUCAUGCAAAUGGGAAAAUCCCCGAUUAAAAUCUGCAAUAGCCCGCAUGGGAACAAUUGUUCCAGCUCCACACGCGUUCCCUCAACCUCAUUACUCAGUUACGAGGCACUCGGUUGUAUUCGCAAACGUCAUACAAAUACUCCAGCCUCUUCCGACUAGCAAUUAUGCAAUCUACAAUAAUGAGAAAACAAGAAAGAGACGGCAACAUGCAGCACGGAAUAAAAGCCUUACACAUUGAUUACUAUUUUUAAUAUUUCUUUUAUCAACUCAACGUUUAAAAAGUAACUCGCAAUAAGUUCAUAAGUUUCAAUUCAAAUUGCAAAUUGCAUUCCAUUCCACAGAGUAAAAAUGUAUUUGAAAAUCUCCAA